AUGGGCCAGAGCAAGAAUCCUCUGGACGGUGUAAAUGAUGACUCUCCAGAUGACUCUGAUGAGUUCUUAAGUAAAUCGGAAGAUGGAAAAAAGGGAAAAAGCAUAUAUGAAAGGGAAGAUGACUAUAGAAGGCAACGCUUAAAACAAAGAUUGUCCCCGGAAAGGCACGAUUUCUUUUCAGGCAAAACACCACUGCCUGAAGAACGCACGUUCGCGGAUGUGAUGAAAGAAAAUGAAAUAAGUAAAAACCGAUCAGAAGUGAGUAAAUAUAUAAGUAAGCACGGGAUCACGAAGGAGAUGAAAGAGGUGAUGGAGGAAAACAAAAAGUCAAAAAGAAGGACGCAGAGACUGGAAGCGGACCGUUGGGACACAAUCGACGAUAAUUUUGACCCAGGAGUUAACACACGGAAAAUUAACGAAUAUGUAGUUGAUUUGGACGGAACGACCCCCGGGUACGCACAAACACCAGGCUACGGGCAGACCCCAGGCUAUGGACAAACGCCAGGAUUCGGAGAUAUAGAAGGCCUGGAGAAGAAGAAGGUGUCGAGGUGGGACAAGACGCCAGCAAUGGAAGGAGCGACGCCCUCAGAAACGCCAUUUGGAUACGGGAUCACUACGCCGCUGACGCCACAAAUAGUUGUGCCGGAAACAAUGCUCAAGUUCAGAAUAUCGACCUCGGAAGACCCAAACAGGUACAUGACGGACGAGGAGCUGGAUGAGCUGCUGCCAGUGGAAGGAUACGAAAUAGUGCCGCCACCACACGACUACCAGCCGUACAGAAAGCCAAGCAGUUACACGUACGCAACGCCGCACUUCACGAUACCAGAGGAUGUGAGGAAGCCAUACGACAUCCCAGGGACGCCGAGCAUUUUGCAGGACGUGGAGAUUAGAGCGGAGGAUCAGCAGUUCUUCGCAAAGCUGUUCGACGACGCGACCGAAGAUGACCUGACUAGCGACGAGAUCACGGAAAGACGCAUCAUGGCGCUGCUGCUGAAGGUAAAAAAUGGAACGCCGCCACUGAGGAGACAGGCGCUGCGCCUGCUGACGAGCAAGGCGAGAGAAUUUGGGCCAGCAGCACUGUUCAACCAGAUACUGCCACUCAUGAUGCAGAGCACGCUCCAGGACCAGGAGAGGCACCUGAUCGUUAAGGUGAUCGACCGCAUACUCUUUAAGCUGCAGGACUCAGUGAGGCCCUACGUGCACAAAAUACUGGUGGUGAUUGAGCCGCUGCUCAUCGACGAGGACUACUACGCGAGAGUCGAGGGACGCGAGAUAAUAUCUAACCUGAGUAAAGCAGCAGGGCUGGCGACGAUGAUCGGAGUUAUGAGGCCAGAUAUAGACCACCCGGACGAGUACGUGAGGAACACGACUGCGAGAGCCUUCGCAGUGGUCGCAUCAGCGAUGGGAGUGAGCUCGUUGGUGCUGUUUCUGAAGGCAGUGUGUCAGUCGAAGAAGUCGUGGCAGGCGAGGCACACAGGAAUCAAAAUAGUGCAACAGAUCUCUAUCCUGAUCGGAUGCGGAGUGUUGCCGUACCUGAGGCAACUGGUGGAAAUCAUCGCACACGGACUGCGGGAUGAGCACCAAAAGGUGCGCACGAUCACAGCACUGGCGCUGGCAGCGCUGGCAGAAGCAAGCGCGCCCUACGGAAUAGAGGCCUUCGACCCGGUGCUGAGGCCACUGUGGAAAGGAAUCACGGAACACAAGGGAAAAGGGCUGGCAGCAUUUCUGAAGGCAAUAGGAAUGAUAAUACCGCUGAUGGACCCGUACUACGCAAACUACUACACGAGGGAAGUGAUGCUGAUCCUGGUCAACGAGUUCAGCACGCCCGACGAGGAAAUGAAGUCGAUCGUGCUGAGAGUGGUGAGGCAGUGCGUGGCCACGGAGGGAGUGACGGCGGAGUACAUAAAGUCGGACCUGCUGGUGCCCUUCUUCCACAAGUUCUGGAUAGUCCGCAACUCGCUCGACAGGAAAAACAGCGAGCUGCUGGUGGAGACGACUGUGGAGAUAGCGCAGAAGGUGGGCGCGGCGACGGUGCUGGCGCGUCUGGUCGAGGACCUGAAGGACCCCUCGGAGCCGUUCAGGAAGAUGGUGGCUCAGGCAAUCGAGGCAAUUCUGAUUUCAAACGUAAGAACUGGAGGAGUGAAUGAGGUGCUGGAACUGGAGCCGAGGCUGGAGGAGCUGCUGGUGGACGGAAUGUUGUACGCAUUCCAGGAGCAGGUGACGGACGACUCGGGAGCGCUGCUGGACUCGUUCGGCACACUCAUUCACGUGCUGGGAGUGAGAGUGAGGCCGUACCUGCCGCAGAUCACGGGACUGGUGAGGUGGAGGCUGGGAACGCAGUCAGCGAGAACAAGGCAGCAGGCAGCAGACCUGAUCUCGAAGAUAGCGCCAGUGAUGAGGCUCUGCGGAGAAGAACAGAUGCUGUGUCACCUGUCGCUGUACCUCUUCGAGUACCUAGGCGAGGAGUACCCGGAGGUGCUGGGAAGCAUUUUGGGAGCACUGAAGAGCAUAGUGAGCGUGGUGGGAACGUCACAAAUAACACCGCCGAUCAAGGACCUGCUGCCGAGACUGACGCCGAUCCUGAAAAACAGGCACGAAAAGGUUCAGGAAAACGUAAUCGAGCUCAUAGGAAGGAUCGCAGACAAGGGAGGAGACCUGGUCUCGCCGAGAGAGUGGGACCGCAUAUGCUUCGACCUGAUUGACCUGCUGAGAGCGAACAAGAAGAGCAUCAGGAGGGCCACAGUUAACACCUUCGGGUACAUAGCGCGCUGCAUUGGGCCGCACGACGUCCUGAGCACGCUUCUGAACCACCUGAAGGUGCAGGAGAGGCAGCUGAGGAUAUGCACGACGAUCGCAAUAGCAAUCGUGGCGGAGACGUGUCUGCCGUAUUCAGUGCUGCCGGCGAUGAUGAACGAGUACAAGAUUCCGGACCAGAACAUACAGACUGGGAUUCUGAAGGCGCUCUGCUUCAUGUUUGAAUAUAUCGGGGAGAUGUCCAAGGACUACAUAUACUCCAUAGUGCCGCUGCUCGAGGACGCGCUGAUGUGCAGGGACCUCGUCCACAGGCAGACUGCAGCCUGGACGUGCAAGCACCUGGCGCUGGGAGUCUUCGGCCUCAACUGCGAGGACGCGCUCAUACACCUGCUGAACUACGUGUGGCCGAACGUGUUUGAGACCUCCCCGCACCUGACGCAGUCGGUGUUUGACGCCCUCGACGGCUUCAGAGUGUCGCUGGGCCCGUCGAUCAUUUUCAACUACACGCUCCAGGGGCUGUUCCACCCCGCCAGGAAGGUCCGCGAGGCGUACUGGAGGGUCUACAACAACCUGUACUUGGGACACCAGGACGCGCUGGUCCCACUGUUCCCACUAAUUAGGGAAGGACAUGAAAAUAGGCAUCAGUCACACGAGUUGUUAUAUAUGAUGUAA